UGACAUGCUCGAGGUUGGGGAUGUGUGGAAGACAAGGCAACGGUCAAAAACAUGGGUUUCGGACCAUUUGUCACAAACAAUCGAUGGUAUUGCGCGUGCAACACAGAACGAUUAUGUUCCUGUCCUAAGGAUGCUUUCCCGCACUGCUCAAGCUUGGAGCUUCAACGCGUCUGACCGUUCCAUGCGACUUCAAUCAAUACGGCAUGCUUACAAGAAUGUGAAAGCUGAAGAUCCUCGAUAUGGUAUGUUGGCUUUGCGGCGUGCUUUCAUCAGUGUCCUUAAUCGUCAACAAAACAGCGAUAUACGUGCGAGUCAUGGAGAUCUGUCUGCAGCUGUUGGAUGCAAAUGUUAUGGCAACGAAGAGGGACAUAUAUUACCGGGAUGUGGCACUUUUUAAACACCAGCGGACUGUAGAUGCGGUUGUCGAAGAUCUAGCUUGUACUCUGGGGAUCCCGAGAUCCUCACUGAACGUCGUGGCGUCGUCCAAGGGAUUGAUCUACGGAAAUCUGCGGUUAUUGAUGAAAGACGGCUCCGUGGUCGACUGCCUAGAGAGCUCCGAGCAGGGAGGCCUCAUCCCACCUUCAGAGUCUAUCUCCGCGAUCGAGACAGAUGCCCAAUUCGUCCUGGUUGCAGAAAAGGAGGCUACUUUCCGGACAUUGCUGCAACUCCGCGUCGCCGAAAAGUACGGCCCAUGUGUCAUCAUGACGGGCAAAGGCUACCCCGACGUCUCAACCCGCAUGCUCGUCAAGCGCCUUUCCGAGUUCAAAGCAGAGCUGACACAACACUCCGACAUGCACGCCGCAUUUUUCUCCGUGUCCAGCUCAUCGCAAGUCGACGAUGGGUUUGAAGAUGGACAUUUUGGUAACCCAUGGCUGGAUUCGCAAGUCCAUGUUCAUCAAACGGUGUCCAUGGACUUUGAGGACAGCGGGAUUUUCCAACCCGAUCCUGCAGGAAUUGCUGUGGAGAUGUUUCCCGAGCCUAUAGAACAAAUCAAGGAUCGCGGUGUCUUGCCACCAUCGCUGAUAGAUGGACAUGGCGCACCACAAUGGAGUCAAGGAAACACGAGCGCAAUCCCAAUCUACGCCUUGGUGGACUGCGAUCCACACGGGCUGGAGAUCUUCCUCUGCUACAAAUCUGGGUCCAAGGCGAUGGCCUUCGACCGCGACAAUCUCGCCUGCCCCUCCCUCCACUGGCUCGGCGUCCGCCCCAGCGACUGGUCCAACCCCCGCUACGGCAUAGACACCGAGGCUCUGCUCCCGCUUACGCCGCGAGAUCGCCGGAAAGCCCUCGGGAUGUUGAAGAGGCCUUAUGUGCGUGAUUGUCCGGAUAUCAGGUGAGUGAUUGUGAUCUGGCCGUCUGAAUCGGGAUGCGGAUCGCUGAUACGAGAGUGCUAGGCGAGAACUCAGCCGAGUGCUGAUGUAUAAUCGGAAAAGCGAAAUUCAGGCGAUAGAGAGCCAAACGUUGGUUGAUGUGUAUAUUCCGGAGACAUUGGCGUUGAGCGGGACUCCUAUUAGCUACCGCGGGCGUAUAGAUCGCUAGACACUAUAUCCUAUUUCAUUUGACUAUGUUAAAUAGUUU